CGUGUAGGAGAAGGUGAAAGUGAAGACGUGAGCAGAUUCAAGGUGAUCGAGGAAUGGCUGCUUGGUGUCUUCAGGUCCUGGUGCGAGAUCAGCGCUCUCAUGUAUACUCUCAUCGGUACUGAAAUGAGCGUGGAGACGGUGCGGUCAGAGUGGUGGUACCGCGCGAGGUUCGGCUGCCACUGCCGGCAGUGCGUGUGCGUGGCGCACAACGCCGCCGCGCUGCACUGCUUCCUGCGCGCGCUCGUGUGGUCGCUGGCGCACAGUGGCAACACGUCGGCGGCGACGGGCGUGAUGCGCGCGCUGCGGCUGCGCGCCGGCACGCCGGUGCCGCCCUCCGAGUGGGACAUCGCAAGACUGCAGAGACUGCACUUUGGUCAUGAAGGUGAAGCAGUAGUCCAAGAGCAGCUGAGUCGUUUGUGCGAACAGAGCGAUUUUAUGCAGAAUAUCGUCCACAAAGUGUGUCUCUGCCGACCCUAUGAGCGACCAUUUGAGAAGGAGUAUGCUGUCGAGAGAUUCUGCAAGUUGUUAGAAAACUUCAAAGCUGCUUCUACCAUCACUUUCAAAGUGGAGAUAACAGGCAGGGAGGGUGGUGACGAGGAGUGGAUCGAGCGCGCGCGGCGGCGGCUGGCCAGGUUCCUCGCGCCGCAGCAGCGCGCCAGCACCAGCGCGCGUCUGCGGGACAUGGCGGCCAGGACCAGCCCAGAGGACUUGAGCGGCUGGGAGGGCUACCGUCACUGGUGUGAUUGUCUGAAUCCACGAACACUCGGCGCUCAGCAGCGGCGGCAGCUGUUAAGUGACCUCUACUAUAGGAUCUCCUUCCUCGGUAUGAUGCAAGCUGUCAAUGAGUUUAACAACACGCAUCUGCAGUCGGAGGAUGCUGAGGACAAGUCGCCAAGUGAAGGGGAACCAGAAUCCUCGUGCAGGGAACUUCAGCAAGGAGACGGGACUGGUGCCAAACCACCUGACAGUCAAUCUUCUCGAGAUCUCGUGAAGACGGACAACCUGACUGAUUCCAAUGCUGAGAUUGAUGAACUAUCAGGUUCGGAGUCCAGUUCGGGGUCUACAUCCAUGUCAGGGUCAGGGUCAGGGUCGGGGUCUGGGUCCGGCAGCGGGCUGUGCGGCGCGGUGCGGCGCCUCGUGCGGUCCAUCGCGGGCAUCGAGCGCCUCAUGGAUAGGGUGCUGCGGCACUGCGCAGACUGCCCGCCGCCGGCGCAUGCGCAUAGGAAACGCGUUGAUCUCGGUCUAUCGGAGGUGGACAGGAAGCUGAUGUCGAUGUACCGCCGGUUGCCGGAAGUGCAUCGCCGACAGCUGCAGGUGUACCGCAGACAGAAGAAGCUAUCCACGGUGUGUACGCAGCUGGUGGGGGGCUGCGCCCCCGCGCCGCCGCCCCCGGGCUCCCCGCCGCCCGCGCCGCCGCACCAGCCCUGCCGCGCGCUCUGCCCAGAGUACCAUCUGCAGCGGUUCAAGGAGAUCCUGUAUGUGGUGCAGGUGCGGCGCAAGGUGAUGCACAUGCGGGACCAGCAGCUCUACUACCACCGCCUGCGCAUGUGGCUCGAGGACCAGCUGCGCCAGGAGAGGGAGAGUCUUCCAGACAGCAAUGUAACUCUAGUGGAAGAUCUGCCUCGUCGCAAACGUAGAACUUUGAGUCCUAAAGCACCGCGAUUGACGACUGCUCCUAAACGGAAAUUCAAAACCGUCAAUACAAUCAGCAAACCUCACAAGAUACUCCAACUUCUGAAACACAAACUGCCACAAACCGCUCAAAUCACAGAACUUGAUCAGAACGAUGAUAUCAAAUCGGAAGCUGAACCACCAGAAGCCUUCCCUCUAGACAAGGAAGAUAAUAUCAGCGAUACAGAAACUAUAGUGGGUGAAAAGGAUGGAGAUAUGUGCAAAGAUAUGAAGGAAUGUCUAGCGAAAUUCGCCAAUUUCGCUCUAAACCAAGACAAAGAGGUUAAAUACCCAGAAUCAGUUAGUCCACCUUUACAAGAGAUGUCCCCAACUUCAACGGAACCGAUGCCAGUGUAUUCUCCAAAACCGAACCAAAGGCUUCUAGCUGUUAAUAAAUUUCUUCAUAAAAAUGAAGAUAAUGACAAAAUAAUAGAUUUCCAAUCGCAGAUAACAACAGAUGUGCUAAAUGUGCCAUUGAACGCACGACGAACUCCGUUACUGGUCAAAGAUGAAACUGAAACUAUAAUAGUAACAGAAGUUGAUAAUCCCGAGCUGGUCGUCGAAAAUAAAGAUAGUAAUGUCUACAAAUAUGUGACAUUCGGUUUAGAAAUCAAAAAAGCUAUGGAAGAAUGUCAGAAUAUCAUCAACUCUUAUAAUAGCAUCAAAGAGAAAGGCAAAGAUAUAGAAGUAAAAGAGAAAGAAGAUGCCACAGACGGACCUCUCUCUUUAGAUCACAUCUGCGAAGUAAUGAUGAGUUUAGAUAAAAGCGCUGAAUUACUAGAUAAGAUAGAUUCAGAUGAAUCUGUAGAUCUAGGCGCUGCGAAUACUAAAUUGGCCGAAUUGGUUGAAAAUAUGCCACAAAUAUUAGCUAAUAUGCCAGAAAUUGCAUCAAAAUUAUCAGAAUUCGCCAACACUUCGUUCGAAUUGCCAGAAUUCGCUUCAAUAAUGAGCAGUAUACCGGAAGUUAAUAAUGAAGCCCAACUAACACCGGAAACAUUGAAACAAAUCCGAGAUAUAAAGCGGAAUAAAACUAGAGAUAGUGUUAAAGUCACAAAGAAUACAGCGAAGCGCAAAAACAAUCGUAGGAUUAAGAAUAAUGUGGAUAAUGACGUAACGGAUAACCCAGAAGCCGGGAAAGAAGUGGCAGAAGUGAAAGAAGACAAUGAGAAAAAUAAAAAUUGCAAAGAAGAUUUUAAAGAAUUAUUGUUCUCGAUAUCAGCUCAAGUUGUGAUCAAUAAAGUAUUCGAAUAUAUGAAACAGACGAAGAAUCCGGAAUUUCUUAAAUGCCUGGAAGAAGAUCGUGAAUUAUUAGGAAAGAAUAUGUUAAUACCGGAAAUGUAUACGAAAGAUUCUACCGUUUUCGAUAAUUCAGUUAAAGAAGCUCUAAGUAUGGAAGAAUUACGACAAUUGGUUCGAUCUAGAUUCAAAUCAUGGAAGCAAUAUAUUGCAACGAAAUUCAAAAGCAUACCAAUCGAGUUACUUGAAAACGAAAUAGAAACGAUGCUAUCGAAAUUCCAAUCGUAUAUAAAAGAUUUGGCAGCGAAACAGAGCGUCAACGAUACUGAUAAAAUAAGCGAAAAGAUCGAAGAAAUGCGAAAAACCGUAGAAGGAGAAAACGAAUUGGAUAACGAAAGUUGUGCCGCAUCAAAGGAAUCUCUUAAACAAAUCACGAAAUUACUUAGCCCUCAAGCUGGGAAUACAUUCGAUUUACUUAUAAUGAAAUUAUCCAAAAUGACUGAAGAUCAAAAAACAACAGUCAAAAGUCUCAAAUUCAAAUACAUAGAUGUUGUCCGAAGAUGUAUUGAGUCCCAACAAUUAAUCAACUGGAUACUACAAGAUCCCGAAACAGCUAUAGAAGUGAUAACCGAACAUACAGGAGUACCAACAAAGAGACCAGAAACAACACAAGAUUUCACAACAAUGAGUUUAGAUAACAAAAAGGAUUAUUUCACAGAACGAUUAAAGAAAAUGAACAAAUCCUUUAUGCAAACAUUACCAAAAAAAGCACUAACAGGCGACGAAUGGCUUGUAAUGUUGUACCGUCUAGAACAACUUGAAGCAUCGUUAGAUGAUACAUUCUCGAAAAUUCCACCACCUACAAAACAGAAUCCACAAAAUCAAACCGCUAGCGAAGCUGAAAUAUUAGCAGCUAAAGGUUUAAGUAAAAUUAUAAACAAAGCAAACGCUAAAACGACUAAAAAACCAAACGCUGAAACACAAAAGACAAUAAAAAAAGAAGAUAAACAUCAAGAAGUUAAAGAAACUGCAAACGAAAAUGAAAAAGAUGAAAGAAAAAUCAAAAAUGAUAUCCUAUUAGCUAAAUGCGAAGCUAUCCUCACAUCGAAAGGCGAAAAGACUCUCCUAGACAGUUUUUAUACCAUCAAAUCGUUUAUCACACAAGGUUUACCUGUACCGGAAACAUACAAAAAGCAUGUUAUAUCUAUAUGUUCAAGUAUAGAUGCUAAAUUAUUGGACGAAGAAAUCGAAGAGAGUUUGAAAACGAAAGCAGAAGACGACGAUAAAGAGAAAACUCCAUCAUCAGGCAUUGGAUCUCAAAAUCCUGAAUUGUUAGCAAAAUAUUCAGCACAAGCGCUAAGGAAUGCUAAGCAGACGUUAAAUGCGGUCGCAUUUAGAAAUAUGAUGAGGAACGGACAGACGAAGUCGGAAAGCGACGCUUGUGAUACUCCAAAAUCUGACUGCAAGUGGACCAACGACUGCAUAUGUCCUAAUUGUAAGGAAUCCGACAUGACUUCCGUAUGCCUUGGGGAUAUUGUCAAGCAAUGCUAUGAUAUAGAAACCAAAUCGAAGAACGGUUUAGAAGAGAAGAAGAAGGAUAAGAAACCGGUUGCUAAAAAUAAACCUCCACCUAAAGUGUGUGAGAAUGCGUCCCAUCAACAACAUGUGUGCAAAGUAGGUCAUAACGCGGGGAAUGCGUGUGCGGGCGACAACUCCCCCGACCAGCCUUGCUCUUGUUGCUACUGUACCGUGUUCGGACACGCCCCCCCACUGACUACUCCGGUGCCGAGAAACUUCAACGAAACAAGGGAACGUUUGAGAUCUAUACUAAAUAAGAAGAAACAGAAAUGCAAAGCCAAUGGCGAGGUGACAGAACCGGUGGUAGAGAAGAAGCAAGUGACAGUGCAAACUCAGACCCCGGAGUCGCCGCAGCCUCAGAAGCCUCCAAAGCCAGUCACACCGCAACCGAAACCUCCGGCUUUACCAAAAACAUUACCACCGACUACUACGUCGGCUCCUCUGCAAGGGGUUCAAGGACCUCCAGCAACGCAGGGGGUCCCUGCUCAGGGGGUGCAAGUUGCUCAGGGGAUCCCUGCUAGGGGAGUGCAAGUUGCUCAGGGGGUCCCUGCUCGGGGGGUGCAAGUUGCUCAGGGGGUCCCUGCUCGGGGGGUGCAAGCUGCUCAAGGGACCCAACCUGCUCAAGCGGUCCAAGCUGCCCAGAGUGUGCAGGUGGCUCAGGGUGUGCAGGGCGCCCAGGGGUUGCAGAAGGCCCAGGGGACGCAGGUGUCCCAGGGUGUGCAGGUGUCCCAGGGCGUGCAGGUGUCCCAAGGUGUGCAGGUGGUCCAGGGUGUGCAGGUGUCCCAGGGGAUGCAGGUGGUCCAGGGUGUGCUGGGGGUGCCCGGCAAGCGGCAGGUGGAAGGCCAGCUCGUAGACAAGAUGGCCAUGAUGUUUGUGUCCGAGAAGACUGACAAGCCAAAGGUUGUGCAGCGCACUGUACCGGCACAAACGAGUGCUCCUUCAGGACUGAAAGCUGAAGGGAAAGUGAAUCCUAACGCAAUGGAGCAGAUAAGACUGCAGCAAUUAAAACAACAACAUCAACUGCUGCACCAACAACGGCAACAACUAAAACAACACCAGCAACAACUACAACAGCAUAUAACAGAACAAAUGACAGACGUACAACCGACACCGGAGAACAAACCGGAACCUAUCUACGAUCUACCAAUCCACAACAAACCGACAUUAACCCCGCAACAACAAGAAUUGAUCCGCCAACAACAAUUGCAACAACAACACCAGCAGCGACAGCUGUCGCAGCAACAGCAACAGAUGCACCAACAGCAGCUGCAGCAGCACCAACAGUUGAAACAGAUACAACAACAACAGCAACAACAUUUGCAACAAUUGCAACAACGGCAAGGAAGAGCGCAACAACAGCGUGCGACUGUCUCCCUCUCAAGUCGAGAUACAAGCGUCUUCUCUACUUCCUCUGGUUGUUCUGGUGGUUCCUUCUGGCGCUGCGGCCGUGCUGAAGAUCCUCGUGACCUGGACGCUCUUCUGCAAUAUAUUGAAGGUCCACAGCGACACGUGGAUAGGGGAAAGAAGAAAGCAAAGAAGCAGCGGCAGCGAGCCAAGAAGAUGGAGUCCCGUCUCGUGGAGCAGCGCAAGACUUUAGCAGGGGAAUUGUCAUACGUGAAGGUGAUAGCGUCUACGCUGGCUGAAGUUCUAGAUUCAGCUAACAGACGCGCCCAGCACGCUAAAGCUGCCCUCGCCUUACACCGCGCUAAGAGGAAGGGCAAGAAGACGAAAGUGAACCCCGCCGUACAAGCGAAGGUGCAACUGCUGACUGAACAGUUGACCCAAAUCAAUACCUUCAUAUCUAAUACCUCUGAGGACUUGCAAGCAGCCGAGCGGCAAGUGGCUGAGGCGAGUCGUCGCCUGCAGCAGUGCGAGAGGGAACUGCAUGAGGCGCGCGCGGUGCAGGGCAAGCCGGAUAAACCCCAUCAGAACCCUGAGGUGGAGGAGGCGGAUGUGGCACGUCUCCGUGAUCUAUGUGAUGAGAAACUGAACCUUCAGCUGGGGAACUUCCAGAAGUUGAAAGAAGUUGCCAGAGCUCUUGGAGGAGGUGAUGGGUGCAGUGUGGUGCGAGUUCGUCGCGCUGGCUCCGGCGGGGUUACCCUCUCAGUGGAUGGUCGUGAUGAUGUACCUUUAGCGCAUUUACUGCAGCCCACCCCUAACACAGGUGAAAAACCCGUCGAAGAGGCGCCAAAAUCGAAAGAUCAGCCACAACGCAAGCAAACCUGGGAGCAAGCUCUAGCGCAUAUUAAUCAAGUUGCUAAAGGAACUAAUAAAGAGAAGAAGAAGCAGAAAGAAGAACCGGCAGCUAAAGCAGAAGUGAAGCCUAAAGAACAGAAGAAACCACAAGCGGAACCCGAACCAGCGCUCUCUAAGAAGCAGAAGAAAUUAUUAGCUAAACAACAGGCGGAAGAAGAAGAGAAGAAGAAGCAGCAGCAGCAAGCGGAAGUAAAGAAGAAGGAAAAGAAAGUUGAACCACCGAAACCGGAACCUGUCGGUAAGAAAGUCGAAAAGAAACCCACUGCCAGUGAAAUUAAAGCAGAAGAUAAGGCAAAGAAGAAGGAAUGCAAGAAGCAGGAGAAGAUAGAGAAGGUAGAGAAGAAAGUAAAGGAAAAACAGGAAAAACAAGAAAAGACUGCUCCAACGCCGAAACCAAAGCAGACUCCAGCACAGAAGAAGAAGGAACCAGAACUGACAGCUAAACAACAAGCUAUACAGAAGCCGCAAGUGGUCACACCAGAUACUACUAUAGAAGUUGUUAAUAAUAAGCGGAGUCCUUGCCCCAGUGAGAUAGAAAAACCCGCUUCUUGCAGUAUUAUGGAACAACUAAGUAGCGGAGUUCAGGUGGCGGAUUUAAAACUACCCCCCGGUAUAACUUUGACCAGAGUUCAGCCAAACGAGAAGAAGGAAACUCCACCUAUUAACUCUGUGCCGUUAUGGCGUUGUUCUGAGUUAUCGGCGCAGCCCACCCCGCCUCCGCGUCCGCCGCCGCUUAUUAAUGCGGACCCCGCACAUGCGACCUUCACAACACAACUGCCAGAACCACCGAAAACCAUCAUAGUACCCGACCCAACGCCAAUACCGAUACAGAACGUUGGUAAAUCCAAGAAAUCCAAAAAGAAAGCCAAAAAGGCCAACGAGAAUGACACCAAACAGGAUGGUGCCAAAAUGGUGACAUUACGGAACCCAAUGUUCCAUCCCAAUCUACCAACGGUACAAAUAACCAAUGCACCGAAGAAACCAGAAAUACAUAUACCAGAACCGAUACCAAUGCCACCAACACCUUGCCAAGCGACGAUAACACCAACUUCCAAUGGAAUGUAUACCAUCAGAAACCCGUUAAUGUCCAUAAUGCAUCAGCAAAGCCUAAUGGGGGUGAGGAACCCAGCCCCGCAGAACCAAACAUUGUUCACACAACCGCAAUACACAUAUGUCAAUCCAAAUGUAUACAAUCCGGUUCAAAACCAGAACCAGAACCAGAACCAAUACGUUUUAGAGCAACCGAGGAACUCACCGAAGAAUCAUGAAUCAGAAUUACAGAAUAGAAUAUUAAAUCUAACGAAUUUUUCACAGAAAAGUGAUGGUUAUUCGUUAUUUAGUACACCAGAAGCAACGCAACAGAGAAGUUUUCUAUCACCGGAGUACUAUGAGGAGAGUAAACCGGUGGUUUCACCUAACCCGAUAGGAACCAGACCGAAUACAGAAAGAAGUUUCGAGAAUGAAUCUUUAUUCUCCAAUCCGAUACGUCCGGAACCGAUUGGAACUCCAAGGAAUGAUGAAUUCAAAGGAAGUUUGUACACACCGUUCGGACAGGAAGAUAGAAAUGUGUUCAGAAAUGCGUUGUUUAGUGAUAAAAGUGAAAAUAGUGUGAAUGUGUGUAAACCGCAGGAAGUUGGAAUGUCAAAUAUAACAAACGGUGACUCUCUACCAUAUUUCCAACGGCUUCGGGUUGGCUCUAAGUUGAACAGUGAAGUUACUAUACAUCAUGUGACUGAAUCUAAGUUUUAUAAACAGGAUGGUUCACAAAUGGAUGAAGUACGCGGAGAUGAGUCUCUCUUCUCGCGUCGCUCGCCGCCCGCGUGGCCGGACACCCUGUACGCACACAACCAUACUGGCAUCUCAACCCCCUGCUCGCCAGGGGACUUCGACAACGGGACGAUUUCACCCUCUCCUCCUAACGACGACGGCCCCGGCGCUAUAGGGGAGGGGGCGCCACAUUCAAGACAUGAUAACAACGUGUUUUAUCCGGACCGUACUAUAACUAACCUCUCGGCUUUAGAAGCAGCUGAGAGGGAGAUAGAAUCUUUUAAACGAUUCGACUUUUAUUUCGAACCUCCCCGACAUAAGCCGCGUGUGACCCUCGAUGUUAGCGCCCUUAGACCUGGACAUAAGUGAAUAAUGCAAGACUUUAAAAAAUAACAACUUUUAAAAAAAAUAGUAACUUUUAAAAAAAUAAUGACUUUUAAAAAUAUUUUAAAGGUUUUAAAAAUCGGAUCCAAAU